AUGGGACAGUUUUCGGGAGGAUGCUACCUGACUUUUUCCAUCUUCGUGCUUCUUGGUUUGCGAGUCCCGGCCACGUUAGCGAGAGGUCCUCGAGGUGAAGCCCUGCAGCAUGGCCAGUCCGGGACCCUGCCCCACUUCUUGGAGGAGCCCGUCGAUGCCUACAUUGUCAAGAGCAACCCCAUCAAGCUCCGGUGUCAAGCUCGGCCCGCGCUGCAGAUCUUCUUCAAGUGCAACGGUGAAUGGGUGCACCAGAGCCAGCACAUGUCUCAGGAGCACACUGACCUCGGGACAGGGCUGAAGAUCCGUGAAGUGAUGAUCAACGUGUCCCGUCAGCAGGUGGAGGACUUUCAUGGCCCAGAGGAUUACUGGUGUCUGUGUGUUGCCUGGAGUCACCUGGGAACCUCCAAGAGCCGCAAGGCAACUGUCCGAAUUGCCUACCUGAGGAAGAACUUUGAGCAGGACCCCCAAGGCACUGAGGUGCCUCUGAAUGGCAUGAUUGUGUUGCACUGUCGUCCCCCAGAGGGAGUGCCUGUGGCUGAGGUGGAAUGGCUGAAAAACGAGGAACCUCUGAGCUUUGAUGACGACGGCGUCGGUGAUUCAAGAGGUGAUCAUAAUCUCAUCAUCUCAGAAGCCCGCCUCUCAGACUCUGGAAACUAUACGUGCGUUGCCAGCAACAUCGUGGCCAAGAGGCGCAGUGCCACAGCUACUGUUGUGGUCUACGUGAACGGGGGCUGGUCAUCGUGGACGGACUGGUCGCCCUGUAAUGUACGCUGUGGUCGGGGGGUGCAGAAACGUUCUCGUACAUGCACAAAUCCAGCUCCUCUCAAUGGAGGAGCCUUCUGUGAGGGCAUGUCAGUGCAGAAGAGCACCUGCAACACAGUGUGUCCAGUCGAUGGCAGCUGGGGAGAGUGGAGUGAGUGGUCAUUGUGUAGUUCCGAGUGCGAGAGGCAGCGCAGCAGAGAGUGUACAGCUCCGGAGCCCAAACAUGGAGGGCGGCUGUGUGACGGCGUGGCGCUGGCGACAGACAACUGCACGGGCGGCCUCUGCACACAGAAUCGAAAGUUGCUCCAUGAUGUAAAGCCACAGGGUGUGGAGAGCAGCAGCGAUGUGGCCUUGUAUUCAGGCCUGGCUGCAGGGGUGGUGACGGUGGUGCUGCUGAUCGUCGCUGUCACGCUGUACCGACGGAGCCAGAGCGAGUACGGCGUUGAUGUCAUCGACUCCUCGGCCCUCACUGGGGGCUUCCAGUCUUUCAGCUUCAAGACGUCUCGUCAAGCAAACCCCCUGCUCAUUAAUUCAUCCAUGCAACCUGAUCUGACAGUGUCACGUACCUACACCAGCCCCAUGUGUUUUCAGGACUCCAUUGACAAGGAGCUAAUGGCUGAGCGCUCACUCCUUGACCCGCUGCCUGAUCUUAAGGUCAAAGGGGCAGCAGAAAGGGCCGAGUACCACGUCAUGUCCCACCCUCAGACAUUUCCAAGGGGCCUGGCUCCAGACUACAGAGCGGUUGCAGUGGGAACAACACUGGGCAGAAGAGGCAAAAACCUUUUUGCUCCACAAGUCUCUCUGACUUCUAGUUGGCCUCUACACAAAGCAACUGCAGUGUUCGGCCAUGCUGGAGGCCGGCUGGUGGUACCUAACACAGGUAUCAGUCUGUUGGUGCCUCAUGGGGGGAUUGCAGAAGACACUACCUGGGAAAUGUACAUGAGCAUCAACCAGGAGGACAGCAGUGCUGUGUCCGAGGAUGGGCCGGAGAUCUUCUUGAGCGCCGCCGUUAUGUACGGCCCACCCGGCCUUGACCUGUCCUGUCCCAUCGCCAUGACCAUAGCACAUUGUGCGGAAGUUCCUGCUGACAAUUGGACCAUCCGGCUAAAAAGACAAAUUCAAGACAACAAGUGGGAGGAAGUGAUGUCUGUGGACGAGGAGAGCACAUCGUGUUACUGUCUGCUGGAGGCCCAGAGGUGCCACGUGCUGUUGGAGCAUCCGGGCCGCUACGCCCUGGUGGGGGAGCCGCUGAACCAGGAGGCAGCCAAGCGGCUGAGGCUGGCUGUGUUUGGUAGUCCGGAUACCAGCAACUCUCUGGGCUUCACCCUCAGGGUUUACUGUGUGGACGACACACCCCAUGCAUUUCAGGAGGUGGCAGUGGGCGAGCGCAGCAGGGGCGGACGGCUGCUGGAGGAGCCUAAAAUUAUGCUGUUUCGGGGGAACACUUUCAGCCUCCAGGUGUCCAUCCAGGACGUCCCACAGUUACUCUGGAGCAUCAAGCCUUUCACCACCUGCCAGGAGUUCUCCUUUUCUCAGGUGUGGGCCAGUAACCAGCGUCCCCUGCAGUGUGCCUUCUCUUUGGAGCGAUACAGCCACUCCUCGUCUCAGCUCUCCUGCAAGAUCAGCAUCCGACAGGUCACAGGCGAGGAGCAGAUACUCCAGGUCUAUACGUCUGUAGUGGAGAAUGAAAAGGGAGUGGUUCCUUUUUUCACUCAGUCGGACUGUACCAUCACCUCUCAGACAGGGUCAAGGGCCUUUAAAAUCCCCCUGUCCAUCCGUCAGCGGAUCAGUGCCACCUUUGACACCGCUAACGCCAAUGGGAAGGACUGGCAGCUCUUGGCUCAGAAGCUCCACAUAGACAGGAACCUGUGCUACUUUGCAUGUCAGGAGAGCCCGUCGUCAGUGAUUCUGAGUUUGUGGGAAGCUCAGCACCAGGACUCGGGGGACCUGGACUCUCUGGCCAGUGCCCUUGAGGAAAUCGGCAAGGUUCAGUCCCCGAGGGCAGCCACUCUUCCCUGCAGCAAAGAAGAGCGGGACUCUGAACUCACAAAACUUGGGUAG